AGCCGAGGCAGCGCUCGCCAUCCGCACGGGAGCCAGCUGAGGCUGCUGCGCGGAGACUUCCCGCCCAAUUCCCUUCUUCUUCACCAGGAAUUCAACUGGUGAGGAUUGGUGUAUCCAAGCUGGCGUCAUAAAUAGCACUCCUGGCUAUAGUCCAAUUCGAUGUUGCAUAUUGGCCUCCCAUCAGCGACAUCCUCUCAGCUCGGAAAAUGACAUCAAUUUCACCAGCUCAUCUGCAUUUGCAAGCUACCGCUGGCUUAUCAAGUCCUUUAUUUUGAAGUAAAAUUAUGAACAUAAUCUUGAAAACCAUCAGGGAAGAAAACCAACUCAGUAUAUUUCUCAUAAGGAACAUACAAGCCUCCAGAAUAUACUCUUGUAAUGUGGUCUUUAUAGGGCCACUCAUGACUGUUUGGAAACUUCAAGGGCUGCAGAAUGCCGUUGCCUGACUUGUAACAGAUCCCCCUUUAUUUUAAAUUUUCUCUUCCCAAGCUGUCCCUUGCUCAGGAAAAGAAAAUGAAGAGUCCGCUUGUGCUGACAGUUCUGCUAUCCUUACUAGUGGCAAAACUAUGUCAUGCUUACUGUGUUGAGUCUCAGGAGCAGCAGAUGCCCAGUGGAAUCCAAACAAAGAAGAGCUCAGACCCUUAUAAGAUGUCUCCAUCCUUGCUCCGGCGAUUGUAUGAUGGCCAAGGGAUUUCCUAUGAGGCACUGCUCAGGCUGUCAGGCAAAGAGGAAGUCAAUCCCCAGGCACUUGCCUCUUCCCAGAAACGAGACAUGCAUGAUUUCUUUGUUGGACUCAUGGGGAAAAGGACCACAGAGCCCGAUAAUCCCACGGAAAUCAAUAAGGGAACACUCACUGGUUUUGGCGACCCAAAGUACUCACCAAAUGCAGAAUAAGCAGAAUAAGGUAUCCGUGCAAGAAUGUGGACAACCACAAUGUCUGCAGGACCUCAAGAAACCAACACAAAGCCAAUUUCAUCCACCAAAGCCCAGCAUUCUUUCAACCAAACCAGAACCCUUUGAUGUGCCAUGGAGACCUCAUCUUGUCCUGUGCCUCCUGUUGCCAUGUUCUUUUCCUUGAUCCUGCCCUUUAUUCCAGCCUGUCCCUCACUGUAACUCUCUAGUGUUCACUGUUUGGAAAUUUUGCAAGUAACCCUCCCUCAUGGUGCUUUGCCCUUCUGUGUAUAUAUUUAACUGAUUUGCAGAUAACUCUCAUAUGCCACAAGCAAAAUCACCUUCAUCGCCCACCCUUUUGUGGCACAGAUUAAGAACACCUCAAAAUCUUCUACAAUUACAGGGUUUUUACUUAUGACCUGCCA